CCAGGAGUCCAAGGAGGCCAUCCUGGGCUGCGUCUUGUGCAUUCUCAACAUGCACAAGAAGGUGGACAACUAAAUUCUGGAGGAACGAGUAUAGCUUGGACUUCAUUAUUUUCUUUUGAUUUAGAACGAACCAUGUCGGAGAGCAUCGUGAGGAAAAUCCAGCCGUUCACCAUCGGGACCAAACUCUCGGCGCCGGCCGUGCCAAAGUGCUCGGACUUUCCCGAUGGUUUUCUUCCGAAACGAACGUUCUCGGAUAACUGCAAACUGAGGCACCUGAACGAACAGGUGUCUCUUUAUCUCGGCCGCGACAGACACUGCGGACCCGCGGCGAAGCAUCGGCGCGAAGAGACGUCCGACGACCACCUGAACCGAAACACAGUCUCCCCACCGAACGCUGCGUCCAGAUCCAUUCGUAAGAUCACCAUCUCCAGCCAAAUGGAGGCUGCGAAAGACAGACUGACUCCAGGGAUGGAGCUGAAGAAAAUAAGAGCAAACUCGGAGAAUAUUAAUAACAAUAACAACAUCACAUCCUCCAACACGCAGCUGCCUAAAAUAGUGGGUGUCAGCUGUGAGAAUAAACCCAGCUCACAGUUCAAGGUGUUGCUGUGUAAAGAUGGUGAAAAGCAGUGCGGUGGUGACAAACAGAAAUUCACUUCUUCUCCACAGACCCAGAUACUCAAAACCCAAGCAAGAAAGGAUGUGGUGGACAGUCUGUCCUGCGAGCACAAAGACGUGUGCUUGGUUUCAAAAGUCUCAUCGGUGCAAAAUGACCACAGUUUUACUCAUCAAUACGCCAUCUUCAAUAAGGAGAUCACUCAGGCAGAGACGUGGAUCAGAGCGAAGCUGCGAGACCUGAGGGACACCAGUAACGUCCAUAGAUGUCCUCUGACCGACUGGGAGGAACUUUGUCAAACGCUCCAGAGAGAUUUGAAGGACUUUGAGAACACCGUCAUACAACUCAACCAGAUGGGAGAGCAAUUAAUGUGCAAGCUUAACCCAACAUCUGACCUGGUGAAGAAACAGCUGGCUCAGAUCCGCGACCAAUGGAACGCGCUCAAACAGACGGCAGCCAAUCAAAUCAAGGCGAUGGGCGGGGCUAAGACUCUCCAGGAGUUUAAUAAGAAGGUGGAUUGUCUGGAGGCGUGGAUCAAAGAGAAGCAGGAACAGGAACAAUUGCUGGCCAGUAUCCUUGGGGAAAACACUGACAAGAUGCAGCUUACCAGGAAGAUACUGGAUUUGAAACAGGAUGAGCAGCUGUAUCAUAAUCUUCAUGAAGAGAUCAAUCAUAUGGCCCUCAGACUGGAAAAACAGGGGAAGACGGAAGGAAAGACCAUCUCAACCCGCAGGAAACACAUCAACAAAAUGUGGCUGAAGGCCCAGUCGCACUUGAAGGAAUAUCAUGAGAAUCUUCAGCUCGCCCUCGAAGUCUCGUCCUUCUACCAGCAGGCCGAUAACAUUGUCUGUUCCAUCAACAACAUGAGAAAAGGCCUCUCUGCAAGCAACGGAGUGGAAAACGCCAGAGACGGGGAAAUUCGGGACAUUGCCAGUCAAAUCAUGAUGCUGGAUGUGAGCGUUUCCCAGCUCUCUAACCUGCACCCGGCGCUGGCAGCCCGCGUCGCACAGAAGCAGAGCGAGGUGAAAGACUGCUGGGCCGUUCUCCAGAAGACUCUCAGGAACGAAAAGGCAGCUCAGCUCCCCUCCACCCCCUCGUUAACCAGGGACGGCAGUGACCCUGAAACCCCGAGCCAAGAGCCGCCCGGCAGCGUGGGAACAGACCCACACAGGAUUAUGGGAAAGGAGGUUAAAGAGGAACAAAAUCGUCUGAAGGGGUUUACGGCCGGGAGAGACGCCGAGCGCUACGGGAAGCCCUCAGACAGCCGGGAUGCUGGAGAGAUGGCAGCGCGAGCCACCCUCAAAUUCCACACGGCCGCUGAAAGCGGGAACGCGCCGAGGCCCGAGUCCAGCGGCCACACACCGCUCCACACGCAACUCCAGAAGUUCACAGUUUCUGCAGACAAGACUCUCUCCUGGCUCAAAGACAGCGUUGCGAUGGCCACUCAGAUCUGCAGUUUGGCCGGGCCGAACGGUUUUGAAGCAGCCAAGAGGCGUCAGGCCUCACUGGAACAGGAUAUCCUGUCCAACAGAGCCAGGAUAGAGCUGGUAAAGAAGGAGGGUUACAGUCUGGUGAGGGCUCAGCAUCCGGGCAGCAUGAAGAUCCAGGAGUUUCUGAGUCAGCUGGAGGUUCUGUGGGAAGAGCUGAAGAGAAGACAUGAGAGGAACGGUCUGGUCCUGAAGGUGUCAGAGGAGCUCAACUAUAAGGUGGUGCGGAUGCUGCAGUCUCUGGCCAGUCUGGAGGCGUGGUUGGAGGCGGUGGAGCUGUCCAUCAGGCAGGCGUCUUUGGCUGGAGACCCUGAGUCUGUGAGCGUGGCGGAGCAAGAGAGCUGCCAGCUGGAGCAGGAGCUGGAGGCCAGACGUCUGGAGCUGCAGAACCUCAGACAGGAAGUAGAUCAUCUGAGCAGUCAAAGACAUCUUCACACUCAGCUGCUUCCUGCACGCCUGAAGGACGUGGAGAUGAAGUUCAGCAGUGUGCAGAUGGCACUGACCCAGCAGAGCUCAGAGCUGAAGGACACGCGGAUGCUCACAGAGUUCCUGGAGAAGGUGGAGCUCGAGGAAAGUCACUACAGCACCCUGGGACAGCCGCUGUGCAGUGAGCUUGACCCUGGACCGUCUCUUCUGGGCUUGCCGGUGAGCGGACACGAUGAGCCCCUGAUGGAAGCCAUUGGGAACCCUGUGAAGGAGCUCAGAGAAGCAGUGGAGAUGCUCAAUGACACAGCGCGGGAGAGGGGCCGCUCGCAGUCACAUGACCAGAGCAUCCAAGAGCUGCUCACCAGGCAUGCCAUGGUGUCGGCUCGCGUGGAGCAGUGUCUGCAGCGCUGUGCCGAGCUCGCCGUAGACGUGCUGGAGAUGGAGAGUGAAAUGGCUGUGAGAUGUGAGCCAGAUCGCUGUGGUCUGGAUGACCUGCAGGAGUACCAGGACCAGCUGGAGGCUGAAUACGGGCUCUUGAAGGAGGAGGUGGAGGCCAUGGUGAGUCUGGCGAGCCGUUUGUCAGACGUGUGUCCGGAGAAGAUGAACGCUGUAGAGACUGAGAUUCAGACCAGCCUGAACGCCUGGGACGAGCUCGGCAAAAGUGUGGCUGAAAACAAGAAGAGACUCCUGCAGUUUGGACACCUGCGCCAUUUCUUUAGGAACUACUUAGCAAUGAUCUCUUGGACAGAAGACACCCGCUCCUGCAUUUUCUCAGAAAGCGCUCUGCGUCAAAGCCGAGAGAACCAGGAGCCUCUGGUUGAGGUUCUGGAUCGGCAGAUAGAACAGAAGUUCGAGGAGUUUGAUCAGCUCACCGUGGCUGGAAAAAAACUGUUUGAUGACGAGCAUCACCUCAACAACAUGAUCAGAGAGAGGAUGGAGGAGCUGAGGAGCAUGCUGGGAUGGAUCCUGGUCCACUGGAGGGCUCAGAAGGAUCAGCUGUUGAGCAGACAGAAGGCUGAAGAAGCUCAGACAGACGCUAUUUACUCCGAGGCUACGGUCUGCAGCCCGCAAACACAGGUGGAAACCUCACCCGAGGUCUCUCAGAAGAGAACAGAAAGCCUCAUAAGUGCUCCCUCUGUUGACAUCGAGGAUGAUUUGCAGCACAAUUAUGGAUAUGAGGUGAUGCAAAGUGUCAGUCCUAAAGGAAGCGAUGAUAGUGGUCAUUUAGAGAGGCCGGAUUCACCGUACCUGGUGCUAAAGGACCCCAGUCCCUCAGCUUUAGGAGGCACCGUCAACCUCAUCCUCAGCUUCAGUAACUCUGGAGACACACAAAUCCAGGUACAGGCGCCUGGCAGGGAAGGUGGUGUGCCAGUGCCCGAACCUGUGCACAGGCCUGCUGAGUCUCACUCUUCUGCCUGUAAAAGCUUUUGGAAGCGCUGCCAGGGGCUUUUUGGUAGUUUAAAGCGAAAGAAAAAGAUUUAUCGACACAGUGCAGAAGAGGUAAGUACUUACUUGCAUGUUAUGGAAAACAACACGGCAGUGUAUGAGAGUAUGGCGCUUCCCCAAGACAAUGCUCCAAGGCCCCCCUCCUCCUCUCCCAGGACCUCCCUGUAUGCUCUCUCCUCCCCUUGCACCUCCCCAUACUCCUCGUCCUCCAUCGAAGACACCCAGGCCAACAACCUUCUGCCAAAAAAUGGCAACAUCUCAAUCUUUAGCAGCCUGAAAAGGAAGAGCAAGAAGGUGAAGAAGAAGAAAGAUGACCGUAGACACACCAUUCAGAAGAUCAUGGGAGAGGAUCUGUCAGAGGAGUCUGAUUUGCCACCUGUAUGUGAACCGGUGACAUAUGAUACACAUACUUGGCCCCUGAAGGAAAGGAAGAAGAGGAAAAAUGCAAGGAAACCAAACAGCGAUGGGACUCAGGUCUUGGACUACAUAAAGAACCCUUUAUUGAAAGACAUAGAUGCAGAAUGUUCUGGAGAGGUUGGAUCUCCAGUUCACAGCACCUUAGAGGUUGCCACCCAAGGACAUUUGAAGAACCACUGCAGAUUUCUGUCCUUGGGCUCUGUGUUAAGCUUCGACCUGCCCAAGGAUAUGAGCCUUAUCCCUAGCAUUCAAGAUGUCAUCACAAUUGGCCAUCCUGAGCAAAAGACAGACUCUCAUCAGCAGGACUCUCAGGUUGAUCGUCCGACAGCUCUGAGUACCUUCAAAACAGUCCGCUCACCUCCAACGCAAAAAGAAGAGCCCAAACAAAUUUACCCAGGUGAAGUAACCCUCAAGAUUGAUUGUAAAGACUCGAAAAAGAUCAGCAUUGACACCGUUUCAUUUACUGAAGAUGAAUUUCCUCCUCCACCUUCUCCAGUUGUUGAAGACAUCUCAAUUGAGGAGAAUCAUCCUUUAUCACUCAGUGAUCUGACCAAUAUCCAACAGAAACAUUUAUCUGGGAUCAGUAUAGUGCCCAAAGAAGAGGUGGUUAGUUGUAACGCAAAUGUGACUCAACUCGAGAACAAGGAGAACCACUAUACAAGUCCUCCAGAAGAUGCAAUCCAAGGGAUAGCUAACCACAGCUCAACUAUGGCAGAGAUUCAUGUAUGUCCUAGUGUCCAUACCUUGAUUCACAAUCUUAAUGGACACGUGUUCCAUAGGCCAGCGAAGACCUCCAGCACUCAACAGUUAAGUCCCAGCCAUGCAUCUCAUGUGGUGUUGAACUUCAGAGCCAAUGGAAGAGAGGACUCAGUGGACUCUGGUCACUCCAGCUCUGGAAGCUUCAAGUUAUGUGCUGAGGGUCCGUACAUAGACUCCUCAGAUUGUCCAGUGCCCAAGAGGACCAUUGGGAAGGUGCAAUCCCUGGAUGCAGGAGUGUCCAACAAGAACUUUGAGUUCUCCAAGGACAAGAGCAUUACCUUAUCAAUCGACAUUGAUGAUCCAGUUCAUCCUGACCAUCAACAGUUUGAGCAGGAAGAGGAGGAGCUGGAGGACAUCUGGAACCACACCAACAGCUACCGUGAGAGUCUAAACUCUGACAUAAUGUAUAAUGGCUACCAGGCCACAUCUUCUCCAGUCCAACACAGGGAACCCUCACCCAAAGAACAAGCAGUGCUCUUCAGGAAGUUGGUCACGGCCUCUGCACCCAACCUUCUUGUGGCGGAGUUCAGACUGCCACCAUCUGUCCAGACUAUGGUGGGUUCUGGGAAGCAGCAGAACCCAAGGGAAGAAAGGCAAAUUCUGGAUAAAGGGGACAGAAGGUCUUGGGCUGCAUUCACUCAACAGGAACAGGUUUACAAACAAGUGGCUGUUAAUGAAACGGCUUCAGAUAUGGUGAAACUACCUGAAAUACAGGACCAGCGAAAGUAUAUCUACCAUUAUAGGGAGGAGGAGGAGGAGGAGGAAACGGGUUUUCUGAAGGACCAGUCCAUGAGCCUCCUGUCUGUUCAUAUGGGAUUGGAUGGGACCAAUGACAAUGAUAUCCAGAGUGGAAGACAAGAACUGGAACUGCCAUCUAUGGAAGGUACACUGGAGAGGAAACACAAACUACAACUGGGUGGAAAGAAGGCACCAUGCAGGGCGUGGAACUCCUAUCAUGCUGUGCUAUACAAACAAACAAUAUGUUUCUAUCAGGACAGGAAAGAUACACUCAAGAGCUGUGUGACCAGCCUUCCUCUGAAUCUAAUUGGAGCGGUGUGUGAACCAUCGCCAGAGUACACCAAAAAACCCAACUGCUUCUGCUUGAGAUUGCGGGACGGAUCUGAGUAUCUCCUCAGUGCAUCAUCCCGAUUCAUGAUGAAGAAAUGGAUCCUCAGAAUACAAGCACACACUGUGUCUAGUGAUUCUCUAGUGAAUAGAUCAACAUGUCAUGGGUCUUCAGCUUCAGCGAUGCUCCCUAGACAUUCUCCUGCUAUCACCGGCUGUCAGUGUGGAGAUAAAUGUCACUGCUCCAUGAGAAAUUAUGUCACCACCACCGUUUUAGCACAGAGUCAGCACGCCUCAGGCCGGACCAAAGAGAUCAUAGUUCACACCAGUGACGCUCUGCAGAUCCACCAAAGGCAUCAGGAUCUGUUGCUCCCCUCAUUCUCAGAUGCGGGUCAUUGUGAGGAUGAGUUCGACUCACAUGGCCAGUCUCUGAGACAGAAACCAUCCUCUAUGUCCACCAUUCAGGGCUGGACCAGCGAAAAGAGACGCUCACACUCCUUUACCUCAGCCACAUAUCAGAGGAUCAAGCCUGUAGCGCCCCCUUCAGGCAAAGGCCAGGACAGCAGCUCCAGCUACUCUGUGACUCUAUUCAUCGGAGAUCGUGAGAUGCCGGCUGUCUGUAAAAGCACAGCGACGGCCUCGCCAAACGGCGUCCGGGAGGAGUCCUCCUCCGAUCUGCCCAUGAGGAGCUACAUGAGCCUCCCGCGACCCCCCAACAAAUCCGUCUUCAGGAAGUUCUUUGGGAAAAAGGAGUGACGGACACUUUCUGUGACACUGCAGGUCAAAGACCCUGACUGACAUGUGCAGGACACAAGUUCAAAACAUUUUUCUUACAUUUAUUUAUGGAUCUGAUGGAGAACCAUUUGUGUAUACUUUUUUGAAUGAGAUCUUGUAUGAUUGUGUUGCUGCAAGAUGUGUAAUGUUCACUCCUUCAAUUUCUCACUUCAUCAGUCGUUUUGAUAUCGGCUCAUGGAUGGUUUAGUCAAAAAUGAAAAUCAUGUCAUCAUUUACUCACCCUCAUGUUGUUCCAAACCCAUAUGACUCUUUCUUUCAUGGAACAUUAUGCAUUUAGCUGCACUUUUAUCCAAAGCAAAUUACAAAGAGGAACAAAAGAAAUGUUACCAAUAGUCGUAAUUUGUAACACCAAAUUAUAACACACAAAUUUGUCAUUUGUUUAUUAGACUAUUGAGAAGCAAGCUAGAGAAUAGGAGAAAUGCAGAGAAGAAAAAGCUGAAAUAUUUAAAGAACAAUGAAGUCUGUCAAGCUCCAAAAAGACAAAAACACGGCACAAAAGUAUUACCAAUUGUGCAUAUGACUCAUCCAAUUGCUCUGAAGUCAUAAAUAGCUUUGUUUGAGAAACGGACCCAAAUUUAAGUCGUUACUCUCUCCAAAAAUCAAACCUGAUUGAGGGCUGUGGGCCAAAAGUAAAUGCAUUAUAUCCAACUAUAUUAUAUUGGUGUAUUAAAUUAUAUUAUGUAUUAUAAAAUAUAUUAUAAUAUACUGGUCUAUUAAAUCCAACAAAAAUGUUUUUUUACAGUUUUUUUUUUUGGCAUUUUCCCCCUUUUUAUUCGGAUAGGAUCGUAUUUAGACAGGAAGCGAAGUGGGAGAAAGAGAGGGGGCAGGGGCGGGAAAGGUCCCCAAGCUGGGACGCCGAAAGCGCAAUAGUGCUACAUGUCAGCACGAUGCCCACGUGGCUAUUGGCGCCAACUCAAUCAAACUAUAUUAUAAUGCAUUAAAUUAAAAAAAUUAAAAAAUAAAAUUAAAAAUUACAAUUUUUUUUAUUAUUAUUUAAAUAUCACUUUUUUUUACUUUUUCAGGAGAAUUCACUCUUUUUAAAUUUCAAUGCAAAAAAAGAAAAGAACAAUAUUUAAGAAUUUUUUUUUUAUAUAAAUAUUAAUUAGAAAUAAUUAAAAAUAUUAAUUAGAAAUAAAGAUCCUCUUGUGAUAUGGCAUGAUAGGCCAAAUCAAAGAUCAUCACUGGUCAAUUUUGGGCAUCUCUGCUCUCUUUAAAUCUUCCCUUGGUGCUUUUUUGUCAUUUUGGAGCACAACUGACCCAGUCCCCUUUUGUUACAUAAAAUGUGUAUCCAAAUCUUCUGGAGGGUCACUUUUUUUGUUGCAGAAUUUAGCGCCAUCACACCUGCCUAGAUGUUUUUAAUCGACUUUAAACACUUGAAUUAACUCGUUCAGGUGUGUUUAAUUAGGCUUGUACCAAAACUCUGUAUGAAAGUGGCUCUCCGUGAAAAGGAUUAAUCAGAAUAUAGUUGUGAAUAUAAUAAGUGAAGAACACAAGAAAAUAGGAACAUCAUGAGGGUGAGUAAUAAUCUAUUCACACCAAAUAUUAUUUCUAUAUUAUAUCAAAACAUUUUAGUUAUAGCUGUCUUCAUUGGUGUGGUGUCUUUCAUUUAUGGAUGAACUCGUCCUUCAACCUCAGCAUUUUCCCAUGCUGAGAUUUCAUUAUUUGCCAGAUAUUUUUCAUGUGUAUAAAUGAGUGCAGUUUGCUGUGGAUGUGAUGACAGCCAUAAAAUACUGCCGUACUGAAUCUACUGAUAUGAGACUUUUGAUACCUAAUGUGUUCAAUGUUCCCACCACAUUCCACUUGAGGUGGUUUUCAGUUCAUGUAUGUUCUGUUUUUGGCGUGGAUUGCAAUUUCUCUGAGGUUUUGGCACAUAUUAUUUGUCAGCUUGUCAUGUUUUUCUGUGUCGGCUGGUUUGAGUUCUGUGUGGUCUUACAGGGUUCGUUCAACCAAAAGUGAAAGCUCUGUCAUUAUUUAUUCACUUGAGGGUGAGUAAAUGUUAACAGUAAUUUACAUUUUUGGCCAACUGUCCCUUUAAUGUGUGUUUUUCCAGACUAAACAUUUGAUUCACGUACUCUAGCGUUGCUUUCUGUAUAACGCAGUGUGUCAGGAUGGUUUUAUAGGAAGAUGUUUUUUACUCUCUGGGUCAUGCAUGAUCUUUUCAGAUUUGAAUGUCUAUGACCAUUUUUUUACACAAUUUAAACAUGUAAUGCAUUAUUUUAGAUAUUUUACAGUGGGAAAUAUGUUCAGAUUGUAAAAAAUCGGUUAAAUUGUGCCUUGAAAAUAAUGUCUUCAUAAGCAUUGUAAGAAAAUAAGGUCAUUACAGCAGUUUGAAUGAGCACAAUGAGUAUUCGCAUUAUGGCUUUUUCUUUUUUCUUUUAAAGAUGUGGCGGAGUCAUAUACAUCCAUAAACUACCAUCCAAUUAUGAGGGUCCAAAAGUAAUAAACUGGAUUAAUAAAUACUGCAGAUUAAGUAUAACUGAAAAAUGCACACAGCAGCAUAUUGCAUUUAUACUCAGCAAAAUAUUCACUUAACAUUCCCUGUUGGUUGCCUUUGGUCUCUGUCUCUAGAUAUGGCUAUUUGUACUUUUUUAAAUUACUUUUAAUGCUUUGUGUGACCUACUGUAUAUUGCAUUUGCAACAAGCAUUUGCAAUCAUUUGCAUUCGUUUGCUGUAUCAAAAAAUCAAUAGCUACAUAAUGGGUCUGAAUUUUUUUUUUCCAUACUUGACUAGAAUAUUAAAUAUUGUAUUGUAUUGCAUUGCAUAUAUAGGAGCCGAUGCUAGAGACCAGAAUAUUGCAGGGACUUUGGUCAGUAUGCAACCACCUAGAAACUGCAUUUCAGGUCAAUUCAAGUCAUGUUUAUUUGUAUUGCGCUUUUCACGAUACACAUCAUUGCUAAAUAGCUUCACAAAAAAUUAAAAAGUUUCUACAUUACGUUUAGGAGUAGUUUAUCAGUGGUGACUAUGUCAAGGUGAUGUCCAUAUGGCAGAAAUUUACAGUUCUCGGAUAGUAAAAAUCAUGCACCCUUAUUUUCUAAUAAUAUUACCAAGGGGUGACAUGUAUAUUGUAAAUAGCAUAGGGCCUAACACUGAUCCUUGCAGUACUUCAUACUUUACUGGUGUUAACUGAGAUGAUUCCCCACUUAAAUAAACAAGUGGUAAUGAUCAGACAUGUAGGAUCUAUCCUAAAGCCUGUCCCUGAAUACCUGUAUAGUUUUAUUAUCGAACUAUGAGUAUGUCAUGAUCUAUAGUGUCGAAUGCAGCACUAAGAUCAAAUAAAAAUAGUACCAAGAUGCA